AUAAAAAAAUACAAAAACACACAAUAUUAACUACACUUUAAAAGCAGUUCUAAAAAGGUGAGUUUUGAUUAGUGAUUUGAAUGUGGACAGGACAAAGUUUGACACUUUCUAAUUUCAAAAACAGCCAGCAAGAAGCUUCUUCAUCCUCUUCCCUCUGUAUAAUAUGACAACAUGUUCAAAAAAGUGCCACUGAUUCCUGUAUAUAUAUAUAUAUUUAUAUAUAUAUAUAUAUAUGUAUAUAUAUAUAUAUAUAUUCUCAGAGAAAUCUCCUAUAACUCCACAAGCCUGUAAAACAACAAAUUUAUACACAUUUAAAUAGAAAAAAAAUAAAACACAACAUAAGAGAAUCGUCUUCUUUAUUAGAAAUUCUUACAUAUUAUUUUAUUUAUUUAAAGUUUUUAUGUGUAAAGUUUGCCAAACGACACUUUUCUAUUUUAAAAAAACAGCCAGCAAGCUUCUUCAUCCUCUUCCUCUGUAUAAUAUUAGAACAUGUUCAAAAAAAGUGCCACCGAUGCCUAUAUAUAUUCUCAGAGAAAUAUCCUAUAACUCCUCAAGCAUGGAAAUAGUAAAUAUGUACUUUAGAUAUUGGCUCAUAUGGAGCAGCCUGAGUGUGCAGAGCUGACCCCGCCCCUUUAUGCUAAUUAAGGCCUCCCAUUGGAUGUGUCAGAGGAUACAGGCCGCCUCUGAUUGGCCAGGUCGAAGCCAUUUAUUCGCUGACAAGCCCCCCCCGUCACAUGAAAUGGUUGUCUAUUAACUUGUUUCAAAAACUAUCUGGAGUUGUCAAGGCUCAGGCGGACAAGCAGAGGCGCAAAAAAAGUGCAGUUUUUGUUGUUGAUGCUUUUCGGAGGAGAAGUUUUGUGGACAGCAGGGACCUAUUGGGAGAAGAGUCUCUUUGUCACACACACACACACACACACACUCAGAGAGAGAGAGUGUGUGGAGAGCUUUUUUGGUGCUUUUUUUGUGCAGAGAGAAAAAAAAGUUGCAGAGAAAAAAUCGACAGGUAACUUUUCCGCAGCAGCAGCAGCAGCUCCUCACUUGUCCUGCUGCCUCCAGCUUGUGGAGUUUGUCUCCAGUGUUUUUUCCCCCCUCUUCUUCUGCUUCUUCUGGAGCUCGCAACUAUACAAGCUGUUCCUGCUGUGUGUGUGUUUUUUUCCUCUUUUUCCUCUGGAGCUCGCAACUCUACAAGCUGUUCCUGAUGUAUAACAUGAUGGAGACUGAGCUGAAGCCCCCUGCUCCUCAGACCAACACGGGCAACACCACCAACACCACCGGUGGGCCAAACCAGAAGAACAGUCCGGAGCGCGUCAAGAGACCCAUGAACGCCUUCAUGGUGUGGUCCCGCGGCCAGAGGAGGAAGAUGGCGCAAGAAAACCCCAAAAUGCACAACUCGGAGAUAAGCAAGAGGCUGGGCGCCGAGUGGAAACUUCUCUCCGAAAGCGAGAAGAGACCUUUCAUCGACGAAGCCAAGAGGCUGCGGGCCCUGCACAUGAAGGAGCAUCCGGAUUACAAAUACCGGCCCAGGAGGAAAACCAAGACGCUCAUGAAGAAGGACAAGUACACUUUGCCAGGUGGGCUGCUGGCUCCGGGUGGCAACGGCAUGGGAGGUGGUGUAGGUGGAGGUUUAGGUGGAGGUUUGGGUGGUGGAGUGAACCAGAGGAUGGACAGCUACGCGGCGCACAUGAACGGCUGGACCAACGGUGGUUACGGCAUGAUGCAGGACCAGCUGAGCUACCAACACCCGGGUUUGAACGCUCACAACCCGGCUCAGAUGCAGUCGAUGCACCGCUACGACAUGAGCGCUCUGCAGUACAACACCAUGGCGACGUCCCAGAGCUACAUGAACGGCUCUCCGACUUACUCCAUGGCCUACUCCCAGCACCAGCACCAGCAGCCGGGCAUGACCGCGUUGGGCUCCUCCAUGGUGGGUGGUGGCUCCUCCUCGGUGGUGAAGUCCGAGUCCAGCAGCUCCAGCCCGCCGGUCGUCACCUCUUCCUCCUCCUCGUCGUCCCAAAGGUGCCAAAGCGGCGGAGACCUGAGAGACAUGAUCAGCAUGUACUUGCCCGGAGCGGAGGUGAGCGAGCAGAGCGCCCAGACGAGGCUACACAUGUCCAGCCACUACCAGAGCGCCGUGCCCGGGACAACGAUCAACGGCACGCUGCCAUUAACACACAUGUAAAAGAAAGAGACAGAGAAAGAGAGAGAGAGAGAGCGAAAAAAGAGAGAUGAAAAAAUGAACUUUUAUAUAAGAGAAACUGUGGACUAUUAUUAACGUUGGACUAUUUUUGUACAGAAAAAUUUUGGGGAUGGGGGAAAAAGUUGUAUAGAAGAAGUCUCCAGGAAAAAAAGGACACAUUUUUUUCUUUCGUUUUUAUUCUAAGGAAGCUCUCUAGAGGAAACGGUAGGAGAUUCCUCCUCUUCACUGGUGGAUGAAGUUUUUUUGGAAGAUAUAGAGAAAGUGGGAGUCGCAAUCAAAAUGUUUUUAUUAUUGCAAUCACCUUUUUUUGUACAGUAUUUAUCAAAGAUUACAAUCAGAUGAAAUUUGUUUGUUAAACUGCAAGAGGUUGCAUUUUUCUUUUCUUUUUUUCUUUUUUUUUUAUUAUAUAUAUAAAGCAACGCUUCAGUUCUGCAGAAAAAUAUUAUUAAAAAGUGAACUGGAAUUAUAUUGGAGUGAUUAGUUAUGCUCCUUUAUUACUGCAAAACAACUGUAAGAGGUGGAAUUUUUCUUUUCUUUUUUUUCUUUUUUUAUAUAAAUAAAGCAACGCUUCAGUUCUGCAGAAAAAUAUUAUUAAAAGUGAACUGGAAUUAUAAUUGGAGCGAUCAGUUAUGCUCCUUUAUAUUACUGCAAAACAUUGGAAAGAAAAAGGGACAUAAAAACGAAGCAGGUAAUACUGUUUUUUUUUUUCAUUUACGGUCAAUAUUAUACUAAACAUUUUAAUUUCUUCAACAACAAAAAAAAAAAGAUAUGACACUUUCUUUUUCUCUCAUACAGCUUAAAAUAUAGGUUGUUAAUUUAUAUUUUCCGUCUCCCACUUUUCAUCUGUUAGAGGUAUGACGCUUGUGCUCUUUAUUUUCUAAUUGAUUUGUACAAUUUUCUGUAUAUUUACUGUGAUAUUUUAAGUUUUUAUUUCAAAAAAAUUCAUUCCCGUAGUUGUAUUUUAAAAAUUGUGGCCUGUACGCAGAAGCCAACCACUCCAUGUAUAUAUAUACCGGAACUAAUACCAUCCUUAUAACAGUUACAAUUUCAGCUGAGUAUAUUUUUUUUCAAUAUGCAGUUUGAAAUGAAUAAAUUUUGGAAAUUUGGAUACUUGAAA